GCUUUCAUACAAAACGCUUAAUACUUAAUACCAUGUUCAGUGCGGUGUCCACUGAGAUGAUGAGGAGUUGGCCAAUAGCUAGCCAAGAGCUGGGAGAUUGGUUAUAUUUUCUUGGUUUGGUUUUUGUACAGCUCUGAAUGUACAUUGAAAUAUAAUUUUUUAGUAUUUUAUAUUUACCUUUUUGCUUUUGUUUAACCAUUAAAGAUUAAACAGAUUAAACCUUUUACAUGUUUUAAUUUUACAUGUUUUAAUUUUACAUGUUUUACAGGCAUCAGUAUCCCCGGUAUUGUCGGUGAAGAGCUAGUGAAAGAGUUAGCGAAAAAGUGCUCUCAUGCAUUUGUAUGUGUCUUUGUCUCCCCCCACACAGAACUCCAUCAGACACAACCUCUCCCUCCACAGCCGCUUCAUGCGCGUUCAGAACGAGGGCACGGGGAAGAGCUCGUGGUGGAUGGUCAACCCCGAGGGGACCAAGAGCGGCAAGCCUCCCCGCCGACGCGCCGCCUCCAUGGACAACAACAACAAGUUUGCCAAGAGCCGCGGACGAGCCGCCAAGAAAAAGGUGUCCGUCCAGGGGGUGAUGGACGAGAACACAAGCAGCCCUGUCUCCCAGUACUCCUCAUGGCUGGGGGAUAGUCCCAGUUCCCACAGCAACGACACCUUCGAGGAGUGGACCUCGUUCCGGGCCCGUGCCAGUUCCGACGCCAGUACCCUGAGCCGAUGCCACUCUCCGUUCCUGCCCGAGCCAGAUGACUUGGGCGAAGGGGCGGAGGCACACCUGGGUUACCAGGUGGCAUCGGGGGCAAAGAUGGUGACUCCACUGCCCAGCCUGGCUGAGGUGGCCGGCUCUCUCGGUCAUCGCAGCUCUGCCAACUCCAUGAUGGAGGGUCUACUAAACAAUCUCAAUCUCCUCUCGCCCAAGAUCCAGCCGCAGGAGACGUCGCACGACUCUUCCAUGAUGCAAAGCAACACCGUCUACCACCACCCCUACACCUUGCCCCCAGUGGCCCCAUCACGGCUGCCUCCUCCAGAGUAUCCCAAGAGCCUCUACACCCACACACCUAUGAACAGCUUCACCCCGGUCCCCAUGCGACCUCUGUCAGAUCCAAAGGUCAGGCCUGCUGAGAUGGUUCGCUUCCUGGGCCACUACAGCAACCCAGAGGCCCAGAGAACCUCCCAUGAGCUCCCACUGCUGUGUAUGGAGACCAUGGUCAGCCAUGCCGGUGGUGGGGGGAGAGGGGGUCUCCAGCCUCUCCAUAGUGGGCAGGGACGCCCAGGACAUGAAGGGAAGAUGGCUAGCCCUGUCCCAACCCAGCCUCCACAUCCUCACCACCAUCCACACACGAUCCCUCACCAGUAUCCCCAGGAGGUUCACAGGCAGUUAAACCCAGCUGCAGUCAGCAUGAACGGGUGCGGGCCUCAGCCUCACAGGCAGUUAAACCCAGCUACAUUCGGCAUGAACGGGUGCGGGCCUCAGCCUCUGGGUCACAGCGAUGGGACUGGGUGUCUGGGCAGCCUCAGGACAUACACACAGCUGGGGCAGGCCCAUCCAAUGGUUCACUCGGGUGGGACUCCGUUAGUGCACCAUAGUAACAGGAAUGGCUUUGUUCGGCCCAGACCAAGCCAGCAGCACCCAGGCCAUCUCAGCCGGCCCGAGAGGCUGCCAAGCGACCUGGAUGGCAUGUCCAUCGAGCACUUUGAGUGCGACAUGGAGUCAGUCCUCCUUGACACCUUCAUGGACGAAGAUGCAUUAGACCAGUGGUUCCCAAACUUUACAUGGCAGGCUCCUGUUUCACAGUGAGAAAAAAAAUGUGCCUUGCUGUAAGUCCGCGCCCCACCCUGGGAGGCCUGUCCCACACUUGUACUCCAACUUUUACCCCAUGAUGAUGUCACAGGUGCUUGCCUAGGGCUGGGUAGUAAUACACCCAAAAUUGUUAUCAUGAAAAACUAUUUCAUAUUGUUGAUAAUGAAAAAUGUACAGUAUAUCACAAUAUUUUUGAACCCACCCAUUUGGAACUGUUUUUUUUUUAAUUCUUUUUUUAAGCUGAAAAAUAGAUCAACUAAGUCAAUACGCAAAACUAAUGAGGUAAACAGAAGGCCAUCAGUUCAAACUAAAAAUAUCCUUCUCUCGUAAACCUCAUGCAUCCUCCUGCAUCGUGUCUUUGUGUAGCUCCUUCAGUUGGGUAGUGACUUGAUUUCAGUCUGGAGCUGAUAGUAGCACAAACCAGAGAGGUGUCUUAACUCUUAACACUGACUGACUGUUUCUCUGUCCCUACACUGGGGUUAGCAAAAGCAGCUAGCUUGUAAAUAAUUUUUAAAAGUGUAUUUGUAGUGCCUUAUUUGGUCUUUCCCUAGUUAAUCCUGUUAUUAACCCAUAUAUUUAAGAUGAUGAUAUGGGUUCAGUCUCAAUGUAAUGACAUCCACAAUACAAACAACAUAGUAUUGUUUCAUUGUCAUGACUCACACUCUUCACUUCGUGUUAUAGCGCCACCUAGUGGGGCACUUCAUUUCAAAUUUCAAAUGCUGCUUGCCCUUGAUGCCCUUGAUGCCAGCCAGUUUCAUCAUCCAACCCAACUAUUUUGUUGCCCAGGGGUCUGUUGGUGGAUGCAUAUGACACUAUAAUAAUUGAUUCCAUUUAUUUCAGCUUGCAGCUACGUUUAUUAUCUCUGGAAAAAACAUUCACUUCAUUUCAAUGUUAUUUAUUUAUAUAACAUAAUUAAUAAUGAUCAUUGCCUCAAAGUGCUUUACAGAACUGUGCCUGGAAGCUUACAGUGAGUCAAGAAGCCACCCAUUGGUUUAUAGACUCUGACCAUAACACUGUCUGAUGGAUAUUUUAUGACGUGCUGUAUAUUAUCCAGCACGCUGUAUGAUUUAAAAUUGCUGUACAUAACCUUUGUAAUUAUUUGACUCACGUUUUGUAUGUAUGUAUGUUCAGGAGUGCUGGACUGUGCGGUAUGUAAUGAGUUAAAGCAAUCGGUGGGAGUGAAGAGUGAAAACAACACAUUAUUUCAGGACAUUUUCUCACCAGCAAGGAGGUAGUUCAUGAUAAUCCAGGGUGUUUUUAAACAAGGGUUUGUGUUAAUUGUUUAUAUUCAUUUAUUUUUAAUUGCUCAAGUUCAUUUGGUUAAACUGAAAAUAAAAUGCAAUGAUACUUAAAUAAACAUUGUAACAGUCUUUAUA